CUGACAGAUUUUUUUUCAGUUUAUCUCUUGCCCAAGGACUUCAGAUGCCGCUAAGUGCUCAUCUCAUCAGAGAUGUCUUCUGAGGCUGGCUCCCAUGGACAGUAAUUCCUCCCUGUCAGAGAUGAUUCCUUAGCCCUGAAGCCUUCAGUUGUUGGGUUUUUUCCCUCAAUGGUUACUUUUUACCUGGAUUAGUGAUUAAGAUAGCUUUGCUCCUGUUUCUGCCAGAGGAGUUUGACCUGAGUGCGUUUCUCCCUGCCAGUAACUGAGCGCUCCUGUUAGCAGGGACAUGUGCUCAGCUGGUGUUUAUUUGUGGGUACCAACACUUGUUAUGUCUACAUAGGUUUAUCUACAUUGUUAUCCACAGCUAACAAUGUCCAUUUGCUUUCCCAGGUGGCUGCACAUCUCCAGCCCAGUGACUGAAGCUGCUGGUGACAGUAGCUGUAUGUUCAUAAACAAGAUCAGAGAAAGUGGCUGUAGGAUAAGAGGAAAUGGCCUCAAAUUGCACCAGAGGAGGUUUAGGUUGGAUAGUAAGAAAAAGAUUCUUCACUCAGAGGGUGGUCAGACAGUGGAACAGGCUGCCCAGGGCAGCGGUAGCAUCCCUGGAAGCAUUCAAAAAACACAGAGCUGUUGCACCUGGGGACAUGUUUACUGGAAGACCUGGCAGUGCUGGGGGAACAGUUGGACUUGAUGAUCCUUGAGUGUUUUCCCAACAUUAAUGAUCCUGUGAUCCUAUAUUGUAACCCUAUAUUGUGUCUGUGUGAGCUAAACACGUUUUUGUCAAAUCCUUCAGUGAACUUUGAAGCCCUGAUCAUUGCAAUGUCCGUGGUGGGAGGAACACUUCUGAUCAUGUUGGGGGUCUGCUGCUGCUGCUGUUGUUGUAAGAAAAAGAGCAAAAAGCCGGACAAGGAUGAUGAGAGAGCAGCCAGGGAGCGGGAGAAGAGGCGGGUGCGGCAGGAGGAGAGGAGAGCAGAGAUGAAAUCACGGCAUGAUGAAAUCCGAAGAAAAUACGGCCUGUUCAAGGAAGAGAACCCUUACGCAAAAUUUGAGAAUUAGCAUCUCCAGACACACCCACCCACCCUGGUGAACAGUGCCUUCUGCAGAGCCAAAAGUCUCCAGGCUUCCCCCCACCACCAUGGUGCCACUUCAACUGCCACAGAAGAUGACCCAAAUCCUUGGUGACACCAUUGUCCCCACUCCAGGUGCUUGGUCUGGCCAGACUUUGCUCUUGCCCUGCUGGUGCAAGAAACCAUGGUGACAAUACUGGAAGAUGGGGCAUUUUUUCCUCACUCACCCCAGGGUGGUUGUGGUGUCCAAAGCAAUGCACGUAACAGUCCUUGUCCCAGCCAAGGGCAAAAGCAAUGUCACACAUCUCCCUCACUCCUGCCUCACCAAGGACACUUCAUGCACACAGAGCUAGCCUCUUCUGCUCUUCCUCCCCCUCUUUUUUUUUUUCUUUUAGUAUAUGCAAAAGCCAGCAAGAGUUUCCUGACGUAAGGGCUAGCAGGAGGCUUUGGCUGUCACUCCAGGUGCAUGCACUUAUCCCAGCACAUUAGCAGUCCUCUCAAAGAGCACAAGUUUCUGGUGAUCUGGUGCUUCCAGGAGGAAGGUCUCAUGUGCACCUUCUCACUUGCAACUAAUCUGGGGAAAUGCCCCAACUCUCCUGCCUCUCUGUGCCUUUCUAGAAAGGUGGUCUUGGGCUCAAUGGCCACGUCUGUUAGCAAUACUGUAAGUUUCAAGUGCAUUUACAAUAUGCUGACUGUAUAUUAAACUGAUUCAAUUAC